CUAACAGGGUAACAUGCUAACAGGCUAACAUGCUAACAGGCUACUCCCCGUCACUGAACACGACCUGAGUCUGUGGAGAGGCUUCCGCUCACAUGUGGGACGAAUAACACGGUUUGAAGUUCGGCGUGUUCCCGUGUCUGUGGAUGUCAAACAAGACUGAAGACAGAGUCAUCACAUCAACACUGACUCCAGAUUUCACUAGUAUGUACAGAGCCGGCACAGAGUACCUCUAUGAAUUCCGCCUCUUCAUGCAAACUCAUCACUCUGGACCAUUUGAAGCCACUCAAAUCAUGAGGAAGAGCAAGACCAUCUUAAAGAAACACUUGGAGCUCUUCAUCUGUGAUGGAUUGUGCCCCAACAAGUGUGGUAAGUUUGAUCUGUCUGGUUCUUCCAUCUGUGUCGCUGCAAAUUCUUGUAGAAACAUACACACAAUACACACAGUGCAUGUGUGUUUCACAGUGAAAGUAUCAUCUGUGAGUUGACUGAAAGCCUUUAUCGUCAAAGGUAAUACAAUGAAAUGUGAGUCCUACUACUGAUCAAUGCAAGAUAAAAAAAAAGUUAGGACUUUAAAGGGACUCUUACCUUUGUUGCAUUUUUACACUUUUUGUGGAUAAGGUUAAAUUGGUAUUAAUAAGGUAAUGACACUCUAAAAUGCAAGACAGACCCACCAGGAGUUAAAGCAAACAAUUAUUUCACUCUCGUAAUAUUUAGUGAAAACUUCAACCAAUAAAAUUCUUCGGACCGAAGGACCUUAUUGGCCGACAGACCUGUCCGUUUGCUGCAUGGAAACAGACAGGAAGCCCGUCUGCUUCUUCUGGCGCAUUCGGGCCCGCGUCAUCAAGGCGCGUCCUCAACUAUAGGGUUUGUUUUGAUUCCACGGCAGACAGUAGCGAGUAGCGACCGAAUCGACCGUAGCGACUGACGAUGGCAGACCAAAGUGGUCCACGGCGUACUGAAACAGCCGCUCCCAGGGGGAAAAACAAAAGAAAAAACACCGCGGAUGGGAACGAGGGGGUGGGGCAUUGGAGGAAGGCGGGAUGAUUCGAAUGUGCUGUAAUUCUCAAAUGCAACAAAGGUAAGAGUCCCUUUAACAAAAAACAAACAAUUUAAUCUUGUAAAAAUAGAAUCUGAAAUUACUAUGAAUAUAAAGUUGUGAUAACAGUUGUAGUAGCAGUACCAUUGUUGUUUUUAGUUGUUGUUCUGUAGGAACACUAAUGUUUGACAUUUCUGUUGUAGAAACCGAGUGAAAAAUGCUGCUGAUCCUGACGCUGCUCAGCUGUGUCUCUGCAGCUGACAGCUGCCUCCAGUGUGACCCCAGGGUUGGAGGCCUGCAUCAAGAAUUUGCCCUGUCUGCCCCGACUGUGGAUCAGAUUAAUUUUGAAUUGAUAAUAAAACGGAAGUAUGAGAGCUACAUAGAGAUCAGCAGGGAGCGGAAAGGAGUAAUCGAUUUCUUGAGCAUGAACAGAGCUGGCACUGAGUAUCUCCGUUUAUUUAACGUCUUCAUGCAAACCCAUCACUCUGGACCAUUUGAAGCCAGUCAAAAAUGCUGCUGAUCCUGCUCGGCUGUGUCUCUGCAGCUGACACUUGCCUCCAGUGUGACCCCAGGGUUCGAGUCCUGUAUGAUCAAUUUGUCCUGUCUGCCCCGACUGUGGAGCAGAUUCAUAUUAAAAUGAAAAUAAAACGCACAUAUGAGGACUACAUUGCGCUCAGCAGGGAGCGUAAAGGAGUAAUCGAUCACACUAGUAUGUACAGAGCCGGGUCCGAGUACCACAAUGAAUUCAACGAUUUCAUGAAAACCCAUCACUGUGGAACAUCUGAAAUCAUUCAGAUCAUGGAGAAGGGCAUGGUUAUCUUAGAAAAACACCUUGACAUCUUCAUCCGUGAUGGAUUGUGCCCCAACAAGUGUGGCCUGCUGAGACGGAGAGUAAUGGAUUGCGUCUCUUGCCGCUACAAGACAUACAUCUGUCCGUGUCCCUGUGGCCAGCAGGACUGUGGUGAAACCGACAGAGGACGUCACGGACCCUGCGUACAUUGAUAUAUAUUCAGUCUAUGCCUGAAACCAACUG